CGCCCAAUGCCAUUGCAAGAAACAAUUGGAAACAUCAUCGUAAUCAUCGCAACCCCAAUUUGAGCCGUUUUGAAGAGACCCAAGAACAGACAUUAUAUAUUGUGUUGUAGCCUGAUUGAAAGCUCAACAUCUGCUUCACCGAAAGCCUUGUGCGAAUUCCGAUCAUCAGCUUAUUCUUCCACUCUUGGCCGAGGAUCCAUGGCCGCAGCAUUUCUCUCGGCUUCUCCGUCUCCCGUGGCAGCCAUUUGCUGCUCUUCCAAGGCCAGAAGCAGCUCUCGCCAACUCGGCAGCCUCUCAGCCAUUGGUGGCGGGCUAAGACUCAUGCCGAAGAUCCGAAUCACUGAGGCAGCAAGAAGGGUAUCGCUGGUCACCCCAAGUUACUCCAAGACCACAAUCACAUGCUCUGUUGCCCAGCCGGAGACUCUGAAAACCGUCCAGAGCAUCAUUGCAAAGCAGCUCUCGGUUGAUGAAAGCACCGUGGCUCCUGAGACCAAGUUUGCAGAUUUGGGAGCUGAUUCUCUUGACACUGUAUGCUCCAUACUUCCCCAGUUCAUGAACUGGCUUUGGCUAUUCGGUUUGGUUUUUGACUGUCCUAUUACGUUUUCACAGGUUGAAAUCAUGAUGACAUUGGAAGAGAAGUUUGGAGUGUCCAUCGGCGAAGGAGGAGCUGAGAACAUCGUAACUGUUCAGGACGCCGCCAAUCUGAUCGAAAAGGUGAAGGCCGCCUCAGCAUAAGCUGAAAUCGACUCCACGAGUACCAGACGUUAGCUAGCCAGCCGUGACAAGAUUCCUAAAGAUCAAGAGGAGGAUCAAUUUUUUUGCCAUAUUUUCACCAGAAGUUCCCAAUUUCAAUGUCCUCACAAUAAUCUGAAUUUUGCCUGAGUUUUGUGUAUUCGCUAGACCACUGAACCAAAUUACACGGUCGCCAAAUUCAUCCUUUUUCCGUGUUGGUACUUGGCCAAAUAAUGAAGGCGAUUACUUC